AUGGCUAUGGUUCGUCCCAAGAAGAUGAUUCUAUCAUGGAUUUGUUGGGGAAAAUAUACAGCAACAUACAAUAUCACUACAAAACUUCGUAAAAAGGCCACUCCGGUAUCACUCCGGUCGAGCCGACCGGCCUCACAGAAAACCGGCGUGAAACAACCCCAGCGUUGUGUUUCGCCGUUUUGGGAGAGCCAAGCUUCGGCACGAAUGGGUCGGCUCGACCGGAGUGAUACCACGGCCUCACAGAAAACCGGCGUGAAACAACCACAGCGUUGUGUUUCGCCGGUGAUCCCCCAAACUUGCCGAUACAGAGGCGCUCGAUAUCCAUGCGGGUUGAGUAUAUCCUGCGUCUUGGGGGGUGGGAAACCCCUAGACUUGUGUUCAGGGGGGAUGAUUUGGGCCUGCUGUGUGGAUAGGGAGACCACUGAGAGACCUACUGAGGUAGCACCGGUUGUACAUAAUGCCAGUGAUCUAAUUGAACUGAUCGGAACAUUCCCACAUGAAAACUACGAUUACCAAACGAACACAAACCAAUUUGAAGACCCCAUUAUCAUUUACACUGACUCCAAGCCGGAUUACCACCAAAAACCGGAUACCAACCACCCAGAACUGGAUCAAACCGGUAAUAACCGGCCAUCUUGGAACCAAAAUCAUUUUUACCACGUAAAACCCUCGUACCACGAGGGUACAACGAAAAAACCUGAUGAUUUUUAUCAUGAAGGGAACAAUAUACAGGGUGAUGAUGAUUAUGUGCCAGUACACACUAGCAAUAAGCCGACGCGACCUAGUUUCCCGGGUUGCGGUGAGCAUUUCACCCGGUCAAACCGUAUAGUCGGUGGGCAUUCGACUGGGUUCGGUUCCCACCCGUGGCAAGCCGCUCUCAUCAAGUCUGGCUUCCUGAGCAAGAAGCUGGCUUGUGGCGGAGCCUUGAUCUCUGAUCGAUGGGUGAUUACUGCAGCGCAUUGUGUAGCUACAACCCCAAACAACCAGCUUCGCGUUCGUCUCGGUGAGUGGGACGUUCGGGACUCCGGAGAGAGAUACUCUCACGAAGAGUUCGCAGUACAACGGAAAGAAGUGCAUCCAUCGUAUGAACCAGCUGACUUCAGGAACGAUGUGGCCUUAGUUCAGCUUGAUAGAGGCGUUGUUUUCAAACAACAUAUUUUACCAGUAUGUCUUCCUCAAAAGCAGAUGAAGUUAGCAGGCAAGAUGGCCACCGUAGCAGGAUGGGGACGAACGAGACAUGGACAGAGCUCUGUACCUUCUGUGCUACAGGAAGUCGAUGUAGAAGUCAUCCCCAAUGAACGCUGCCAGCGAUGGUUUAGAGCUGCAGGGAGAAGGGAGACCAUACAUGAUGUGUUCCUUUGUGCAGGAUAUAAAGAGGUCGGCAACGCACUCGUACCUCCUCCGUUGCGGGUGUCCAUGGGCGGCGCUGAUUGCUUACCAUCAGAUGAAGAUGAAGGCGAAGGCGAAUUCAAAGAAGAAGAUGUAGGCGAAGGCGAAGGCGAAGGCGAAGGCGAAGGCGAAGGCGAAGGCGAAGGCGAAGGCGAACGCCAACGCCAACGCCAACGCGAACGCGAACGCGAACGCGAACGCGAACGCGAACGCGAACGCGAACGCGAACGCGAAGUCGAAGGCGAAGGCGAAGGCGAAUUCAAAGAAGAAGAUGUAGGCGAAGGCGAAGGCGAAGGCGAAGGCGAAGGCGAAGGCGAAGGCGAAGGCGAAGGCGAAGGCGAAGGCGAAGGCGAAGGCGAAGGCGAAGGCGAACGCCAACGCCAACGCCAACGCGAACGCGAACGCGAACGCGAACGCGAACGCGAACGCGAACGCGAACGCGAAGUCGAAGGCGAAGGCGAAGGCGAAUUCAAAGAAGAAGAUGUAGGCGAAGGCGAAGGCGAAGGCGAAGGCGAAGGCGAAGGCGAAGGCGAAGGCGAAGGCGAAGGCGAAGGCGAAGGCGAAGGCGAAGAUAUUUCACAUUUUAUUCGCAAAGAUUGUUAA